UUGUGCCAGAAGGACAUCCGAUCGGUACCAGUGCAGAACGGAGCUAUCGAAGCGGCAGCUCGCGUGACAGCUUCGCCGUGAAUGUGAAAGUUGUAGUGGCCGCGCGUGCGAUAGGCAUCGGACAUGAACAGCUAUCGCGUUUUUGCGCUAUUCUUGGCUUGCCAACGCCCAUGCAUCACAAGAGUUUUAUUGCAAUUGACAAAAAAGUUCAUGCCGCAGCUGUCAAAGCUGUGCAAGAAAAUCUCGCGAAGGCAAGGAUUAUAACUAAAGAGAAGGCGGAUGGAGCUGAUGUUGCUGUCAUGUAUGAUGGAACAUGGCAGAAAAGAGGGCAUAAAAGCCAUAAUGGAAUAGGCACUGCUGUGUCUGUGGACACUGGUUUGUGCCUAGAUUUUGAGGUGCUCUCAAACUACUGCCUUGCCUGUAGCCGACAUAAAGACUUGGGUACUGAUGAGGAAAUAUGGCAGGCAUUUCACUGUCCCGUUUGUGAAAAAAACAGAGUGCUCCUCUCAUGCUAUGGAGACUGAGGCAGCUUUGCGUAUAUGGAGGAGGACGCCAUCAUACGAGACACCAUUGCGCCUCACGAAGUUCCUCAGUGAUGGGGAUAGCAAAGCAUACACUGCUGUUGCUGAAGCCAAGGUGUAUGGUGAACUAGUUGUGGACAAGGAGGAAUGCACAAAUCACGUAGCCAAGCGUCUAGGCACUGCACUUAGGAAGCUUCCAACACGACUUCCACGUGGAGAAAAGUUGAAAGAUGGCACAAUUCAGAAGCUGCAGAACUAUUAUCGCAUUGCUAUAACCACCAACAGGGGUGAUCUCCUGAAGAUGUAUCGUGCUAUCUGGGCAUCAUACUUUCACUCAUCAUCCAGCAACACUGCAGGCAGCCACAGAUACUGUCCAGAAGGGGCGACUUCCUGGUGCAAACACAGGCGAGCUGAAGCUCUUGGGGAGCCUACACCAGACCACACCCCAAUCCUCACGAAGGCUCAGGGGUUGGCUGUGCUUCCUAUAUAUACGCGCCUCACGGAUGAAAAACUGCUGGUUCGCUGUCUACAAGGAAAGACCCAAAAUGCUGCAGAAUCUUUGAACAGCAAAAUCUGGCUUCUCUGUCCGAAGACUAAGUUUGCAUCUCGGACAGCAGUGGAAACUGCAGCCGCAAUGGCUGUGUUAUGGUUCAAGGGACAUUCAAGCUUCGAACACGUCCUUCAAGAGCUUGGUGUACUGCCACCUGAUGAACUGAUCACCUUGGGCCAAUCCCGUGACCACAGAAGAAUUCCUGCAUGUGAGACAGCUGAGGCAAGGGCUCAGCGUCGCCACGCGGCAAAGAGAGUGCGCCUUGAUGACUCCAUUCUCCAGCGCCGAGAAGGACGAACCCUUGGUGCUGGGCGUUUUUAAAGGCACUGACUGUGGAAAGGGUGGAUUGUUCUAUGCUGUCACAAAGUUUCAUGCAAAUCCCACAGUAUAUUGAAGAAUAAACAUGUUUACAACUUUCAAAUGCAUUUUUCUCAAUUUGCAUCUUGAGGCAAUUUUGACAUGUGGUGCACAAACUUUCAUGCACUUAAAAUUGUCCUAUCUUAAUGAAAUUUUGCACAGAGCGUCUUCAAACACUCUAAAGUACUGAUAUCUAUAUAAAGUUGCAAUAUACAUUACAGAUAUGUUGUUUCAUAACUUGAAAUGCCGAUGGGGGAGAUGUAAAAUAUAGAUUUGGUACUCUCGAUUUUUUGAAAAAAAGGUAGCAUGUUAUGCCCACAUUUGAGGUUCUUUUCAGUAAUAUACUUCUCAUGUGCAGCAAAAUGAGCUAUAUUGGGAUUCGGUAUGAAAAAUUUUAAUAAGCUAAAAAGUGUGCACAAAAAACCCUAUAUUCUGUUAGCAAAGUUGUUGGAACUCUGGAACUAUUGUAGCUACAAGAAAACCAAUUACAGUUUUGAAAUCGGCAUCACAAACUCUACUAAUAUCUAAAAUUUCAAUGUUCUAGGUCAAGAAAUAAAGAAAAACCUUUUUCG